AUGGCUAAUAAUGCUGCAGCUUGUGCUGAAAGAGCAACGAGUGACAUGUUGAUUGGUCCAGACUGGGCAAUUAAUAUUGAGCUAUGUGAUAUUAUCAACAUGGAUCCUGGGCAAGCUAAGGAUGCUCUGAAGAUACUGAAGAAACGUUUGGGCAACAAAAAUCCUAAAACACAGCUCCUUUCACUUUUUGUGCUGGAGACUCUUACCAAGAACUGUGGGGAGAGUUUGUUUCAGCAGAUUGCUGAGCGGGAUAUCUUACAUGACAUGGUUAAAAUUGUUAAAAAGAAGCCUGAUUUGAGUGUAAGAGAGAAAAUUCUAAUUCUGCUUGAUACAUGGCAAGAAGGUUUAGGGGGACCGAGGGGAAGAUUUCCCCAGUUCUAUGCUGCCUAUAACGAGUUGAAGUCUGCUGGAGUGGAAUUUCCCCCAAGAGAAGAAAACAGUGUGCCGCUAUUUACUCCACCACAAACACAUCCGAUUGUGCAGCCUGCUUUGGAAUACGAGGAAGCGGCCGUGCAGGCCUCUCUUCAGUCUGAUCCUUCUGGGCUUAGUUUGCCAGAGAUUCAGAAUGCUGAAGGACUAUCAGACGUGUUGAUGGAAAUGUUAGGUGCUUUGGAGCCUCAAAACCGUCAGGGUAUAAAGGAUGAAGUCAUUGUUGACCUUGUAGAGCAGUGUCGUUCGUACCAAAAGCGUGUCAUGGUUCUUGUUAACAACACUGCGGAUGAGGAACUCUUGUUGAGAGGAUUGACGCUGAAUGAUAGAUUGCAGCAAGUUCUUGGUCGACAUGAUGACAUAGCAAAAGGUACACCAAAUGUUGCAACCAGGACUACAGAUUCAGUUGCACCUCUUAUGAAUGUAAAUCACGAGGAUGAAGAGUCCGAAGAUGAUUUUGUUCAAUUAUCACGCAGAUCAAGGGAUACUUCACAAGGACAAGGACGGAAGACAGCAAGCUCUGCUGCUGAGCCAGUUCGAAUUAGCCCUAUCCUUCCUCCACCUCCAUCAGCGAGAUCUUCUUCUACAGAAACAUCGAUGAUGGAUUAUCUUAGUGGUGACAUUUACCAGUCUGAAAAACCUUCAGCAACAUCAAGAUCUAUACCUGUCGCUGUCCCGACUCAUUCAAACAACAAAAACUCAGUCGCGCCGCCAAGUCCUCCACAAUCCUCUUCAUCCCCUCCCGAUGAGUUCAUCAACCCGACAGCAGCUAUGUUUGCCUCUGACCCAACGAAUAAUGAGCCUACUCCUUCCUCCAAGUCUGCUGACAGCUUGCCUGCUGCACCGUGGGAUGCUCCUCCCACCAGCAUUCCUCCCCCUCCAUCAAGGUACAACCAAAGACAGCAGUUUUUUGAGCAAAAACAGCAUACAGGUAGUUCUGGCUCCUCCUAUGACGGCUUGGUUGGGCAGACGGAGAACCUUUCCCUGAGAUCAUCAUCAUCAACCCCAACCAAACAGGAAAAGCAGGAAGAUGCCCUUUUCAAAGAUCUGUUGGAUUUUGCCAAAUCCAAGUCUUCAUCAUCUUCGAAACCUAACAACAGAUCAUAUUGA